UAGUUAAGCUUUCGCCGUUGUGUGUUUGUCGAAGUCAGAUGAGCACCGCCUCACGCGUGAGAAUAUUGCUUAUCAUUUUUCUUGACGAAUUUCUUGACAUUAUAAAGAUUUGAUUGGUUAAAUAUAGGAAUAAAAACGUUUUCUAACCGGAUAACGUUAGAUAGUGACUCUUCUGCUGUACAGUGGACUGUGAAGAAAAUCAUUAAGAAAUCAAUGGAUCAGCAAACUGUAUCCAAGAGAUCCAAAUGAUCAACAUCAGCAGAGGAAACCGCUGGAAGCUGUUCAAUGACGAAUCUGAACUGCUUUGGGCGUCACCGUAGACAGACGGCACCCCAAAAUGGAGGAAGCAGAAUUGAAUUGGUGGGACUACCGAUGCACUCCAGGGUCAACGGAUGGUCACCGCCUCUGCACAGUUUCCAGCUGAUAGCCUGGCUGAUGUACAGCUUCAUGGCCGUCGUGGGUUUCGGGAUUUAUGUUCCUCUUCUACCUGCACCAUGGAGCUUUGCAGCAUACGGCAUGAUUGGCACUGCGUUUGUUCUGCAUUUGGUCACUCACGUGGCGGCCGUAACAAUUGACCCUGCGGAUCUGAGCGUUCGUAGGAGGAAGGAUUAUUCCAACCCCAUGCCAGUGUUUGACAACAGCAAACAUCUACAUGUGAUUGACAAUCUGCACUGCACCCUCUGUGAGGUCGAUGUGGGACCUAAAGCCAAACACUGCAGUACUUGCAACAAAUGCAUCGCAGACUUUGACCAUCACUGCAAAUGGCUGAACAAUUGCGUCGGUGGAAGGAACUACUGGUUCUUUUUCAUAACCAUCUCCUCUGCUGUUACUGGAAUGAUCCUCCUCAUUCUUGUCGUCUUGUUUGUCUUCAUUGAGCACUAUGUGAAUCCUGCUGUCCUACGCACUGCACCACAGUUUCAGACAGUGAACGGGAAUGGAACGUGGCUGGUUUUCCUCCCGGCGGCACCUGUAGAGGCCAGCUCUAUUAGUCUGCUGGCGUUGGCGUUCGUUACCAUCCUGCUGGCUCUGGCUGCUCUCUUAUUGCUCUGCCACUUACUGUGCUUCCAUAUUUACUUGUUGUUUCAGGGAAUCAGCACAUAUGAGUACAUCAUUAGGAAGCGUCAGUCACCGUCACCGAACCCCAAAGAGAAAGAGCAGGUUCCUCCGGCGCUGCCGUCUAACGGAACCACUGCACUGGGUCUUGGGCUGCUGGGAUCACCUGUGAACUGUGAAGCUCCGCUGUCCAGCAAGUCUUGUACCUUCAAACUGGAAGACAGAGGACAAACAUCUAGUCGACUGCCAGAACCCAUCUGUGCUGAGAUGGAGAAAGUCAGUGAAGAGAGACACCUGGACUACUGCUCUGACGCACCUACACAAAUGCUUCCAGGUGAGCCUAUGAUGUCACUUCCUGUGGUCUGGAACCUCAGCGGAAUAGAGAAACCUCAAGCUCCGGGACGGAGCAACGAGAACGAGAAGUCUGUGGAGGGACGGCCCAUCGUACAAGACCCGCUGGGAAGCUCCAUCAUGGACGCGGCGGCGGUGCAUCAGCAGCUGAUGACUGACACGCAUCCUGAAGAUCACUGACCAUCUCAUGCAUAUUACACACAAACAUCUGGCUCUGUUCUGACUUUAUGCAACUUCAGUAAAGACACACACAAGUCUGAAAAUAAAGUCGUGGUGAUAUUACGAGCGAGAAUGAAUAUUUCAAAGAUAUUCUAUUUUGUUUGAGGCACGUAGUCUCAAGAUUCGCAGCAAUGAGAAGCACAAUAAUACUUGCUCACACCAUAAACAUAUUCCAUACUCAGCAACCUUUGUAAAAUUGUACAAUUAAAUAUAAGUUGUUCUAUUUCUGUAACAUAUUUUUUUUUUUGUUACAUUGUAAAGCUGGUUUUAUUUUUUGAUUUAUGUUGAUUGUAAUUAUUAUUAGAUGAAUUAAUGCACCACUGUAUUUGUUCUUUUUAUAUUUUAAAAUAAAUGCCUAAAGAUGUUUC